UAUCGGUUUUAAUUUUGCCAGAAAAAGACAUUACCCGAUAAGUCAUGAAUUUUAACGACAAAGUGGUUAUCGUGACCGGCAGCAGCUCUGGUAUUGGAGCCGCUAUUGCCAUCGAAUUCUCCGCCCUGGGCGCAAACGUGUGUUUAGUUGGACGAAACCAGAAAAAACUGGAUGAAGUCGCGAAGAAAUGUAAUAAUCCGUUAGUGCUGGUUGCUGACGUUACUCAAGAUAAAGAUAUCCAAAGGAUUGUCAAUGAGACCGUCAGAUACUUUGGAAAGCUUGACAUCCUCGUCAACAAUGCUGGGAUGGGUAGUUCAGCUAGCAUCAAGUCUGAGACUGCUAUGGCUGUGUUCGAUAAGAUCAUGAACACAAACCUCCGCUCUGUUGUAUACCUAACCCAUCUUGCCGCACCGCACAUCAUCAAAACAAAAGGCAACAUUAUAAACAUAUCUAGUGUUUUAGGGCUACGUGUGUUAAUGGCAGACAGUUUCGCCUACAAUACUUCGAAGGCUGGAUUAGACCACUUCACCCGAUCAGUUGCGGCUGAGCUAGCUUCUGAUGGCGUACGUGUUAAUUCUGUUAAUCCCGGACCAGUAUUCACGGAUAUUUUAGAAAAUUCCGGUGCCAACGAGGCUAUACAAAAAGCUAUUUUUGAUAAAAUGAAGCAAGGGACAGCAUUGAAUCGUAUUUCAGAGCCAUCAGAGAUUGCUGAUUUAGUCAUCUUUUUGGCAAGUGACAAAGCGAGAGCUAUUACUGGUUCUGUGUACGUCAGUGAUAAUGGUUAUCUCAUAAAAACUGCCUAAAUUAUGUUUAUGUUUGAAUUUAAUAAAAUAAUUAUUUAUUUUU